AUUAAAUAACAGGUAUAUUUUAGUAAAUGUCUUUAUGUUGUUGCUGUGAGCGAACGUACAUUUAUAAAACAAUAAAACAGUUCUGUUGCGGCAGGUAAGCGGACACCUCUAGCGGCGGGGUCCUGAACCAGGAAGAGAAGAUGACGGUCCACAACCUGUACAUAUUCGACCGUAACGGCAGCUGUCUGUAUUAUAACGAGUGGAACCGGAAGAAGCAGGCGGGGAUCUCCAAAGAGGAGGAGUUCAAGCUGAUGUACGGGAUGCUGUUCUCCAUCCGCUCCUUCGUCAGUAAGAUGUCUCCUCUGGACAUGAAGGAGGGCUUCCUGUCCUUUCAGACCAGCAGGUAUCGUCUCCAUUACUACGAGACUCCCAGUGGACUGAGGUUCGUCAUGAACACGGAUCUGUCAGUGAGCAACGCCAGAGAGACCCUGCAGCACAUCUACAGCAACCUGUAUGUGGAGUACAUAGUGAAGAACCCGGUGUGUGACUCUACUCACAGUUUGGACAGCGAACUGUUCAGCAGCCGACUGGACGCCUUCAUCAGAGCGCUGCCGUACUACAGCCCACGAGCUGCCUGACACACACACACACACACAGUGACACACACACAGUGACACACAUACAGUGACACACACACACUGUAACACACACACACACUCACACACACACACACACACACACACACACACACACACACACACACACACACAGUGUAACAGUUUUAUAGUUUGUUGAUGUAAAAUGUGUAAAAUGAUUUAAAGAGUGAAACUGUGUCUGAUAAUAAUCUGAAUAUGUAAACAGCUCCUCAUCUGAGCUCCCUAUUAAUACAAUCUGUUGUUGUUGUUGUUGUUGUUGUUGUUGUUGUUGUCAGAGGAGAAUGUACUCACCUUUCAAUAAAACAUCUUCAGUAUCUA